CAACCGAGCUAAUUGGCCAAUGGGAAGAGAGACCAGUAAUAACCGAGCAGAAAGACCAAUCAGAAACGGGGAGCAACACGCUACUCAACACAGACCACUGACUGAAGCCGUCCACUGUUGCAACACAACUCUGACAGAGGAGGAACUUGUUAAAUAGUUCACGUUUUUCAUUGACUAACCUCAUUCGAAAUGUUUCUUCGCGUCUUAGAAAUUGUAUAUUUUAUUUAUUUUGCAUCGCACAUUCCAAUCACUGUCCUCAUUGAUGUUCAAGCCUUAUUUCCUGAACAUGUUUAUCCACCCGCGCUGAAAAGCGUAUUGCAGUGGUAUGCUGCCGAAUUCAAUGAUCCAAUGGUGAUGGACCCACCUGUGUGGUUUAGAUCUUUUGUGUUCUGUGAGGCUCUUGUGCAGCUGCCCUUUUUCCCAGUCGCAGCAUGCGCUUUUCUUAAGGGUGGCUGCAAAUGGAUCAGAACACCAGCAAUUGUUUAUUCCGUUCAUGUGGCCACCACUCUGGUCCCCAUUUUAGGCCACAUCCUUUUCCAUAACUUUCCUCUGGUACCACAUCCAGGUCCGCAAACUCUGCAUGAGCGUCUGACCCUGGUGUCUAUUUAUGUUCCAUAUCUUAUCAUCCCUAUCAUGAUUCUGCUCACCAUGCUUUUCAGCACAGCUUAUAACUCAUCCUCUCCAAGUGGAAGAGCUUCCUCAAAGUCCAAGAAGAAAAGAUAGAUGUCAAUUCAUCCCUUCCAAAGACUUAAACACAUUCCACUGUCAUUUUGAUAUAUAUAUGUAUGUAAGGCUGGAUUCAUUGUAAAUUACUUACUACUUUAAUCUGGUACUGAUUACAAAUUUGGAAAUUGUAUGAAGCCUUUGAACAUUAAAGGGAUAUUUCGCCCAAAGAUGAAAAUUCUCAUGCCAUCCCGGAUGCAUAUGACUUUCUUCUGCUGAACGCAAAUAAAGGUUUUUAGGAGAAUAUCUCAGCCCUGUAGGUCCAUAUAAUGUAAGUGAAUGGUGGCCAGAACUUUGAAGGUCCAAAAAGCACAUAAAUGCAGCAUAAAAGUAAUCAAUAAGACUGCAGUGGUUAAAUCCAUGUCUUCAGUAUUGAUAACUGUUGUGGGUGAGAAACAUCUUUUUUUACUGUAUAUUUCCAAUUUCACUUUUUUGUUUUUUACGAUUUGCAUUCUUUGUGUAUGUCUCCACCUACUGGGUAGGGAGGAGAAUUUAUAGUAAAAAAUAACUUAAAUAUUGAUCUGUUUCUCACAGAAAAUUAUCAUAUUUUUUCUGAAGACAUGGACUUAACUACUGGAGUCUAAUGGAUUAUUUAUAUGCUGCUUUUAUGUGCUUUUUGGACCUUUCAAAAAGCACAAUAUCUCAGCCCUAUAGGUCCAUAUAUAUAUAUAUAUAUAUAU